UUUUAUUGAAAAUAAAAAGAAAUAAUCAUGGGAGCCUGUGCAUCAAAGAAACUUGAUGAAGAAGAUAUGGAUAUUGAUAAUCCUAAUUCUCAUCCAAUCCAAAUAGAGUGAUCUACCUGGAAGAGAGACUCACACGGUCUGUUCGAUUACGAAACCGGCGAGUCCAUCAAAACCUCCCUCAAAGUCACCGGGUCAACCAAGCUCUUCAGAGGAGCCAAAGGCAUUGAGCAGUCUGCCGUCAGCAAAGACCAGCGUAGAAAAGCUGACAUCAUUCUUGAUGUUUCAUUCGGGUCUCAGCAAAAUAUUGAAGGUGAGGAAGGCCUUCUUGAAGAAGACAAACAAAGCUGCGAUAUGAGCCAGAGCGAAAUAGAGCAGCACAAUUAAAAAGGACCGGCCAUUUGCUCAUAUUGUGCACAGAUUUGGGAGGUUUUGGAUUUAUAACAAGAAUACGUAUAACAAGAAUGACACCCAAACUGGCGAUCCUGAGAAGUAUAUCUGGUACACUAUUCGAAAUUAUCCAGGCUCUGCUUCCUCAAAUGGUUAUAAAAUAGCUGAGAAUGAUAUACUGAAAUUCGGAAGAGCAAGAUUGAAAGUAAUCAAAAUGAAAACAAAACAACAACUCGAAGGUGCACUCGAAUGUAACCUCAAAGUGACGGAGAAAUUCGAGAAAUGUAAGCUAAACAGUCUGAGCACUACUCUCCAUGAAAAAGGAAAGGAGAUGGAGGAUGAAACCAAUAGCUGUAGGAUAUGCUUCAUGGAAGGUGACUCUGAUAACCCCCUCAUCUCCAUCUGAAAAUGCUCUGGCUCAAUGAAACAUAUUCACCAAGAAUGCCUGAAAGGAUGGAUCAACAGUAAGAAGGUAGUCCAGGCCAAGAACAAUGUGAUUACAUAUCUCUGGAAAGCCUUUGAAUGAGAGCUUUGCAAACUUAGUUAUGAUGAAGUACUACAAGAGAAAUAUGGACUAUUAUGUUAUGAUAAUCCCUAUACUCAGUACAUUAUUCUCGAAGGAAUAAACAUUAAUAGCUCAAAGAGCGUUUACAUAGUGAACCUUGACACUGAUAAGGACUCAUUCAUCAUUGGCAGAGGACAUGACAGCGAUAUCCGAAUCUCUGACAUCAGUGUGUCCAGAUGUCAUGCCAAGAUCUUUAGAGAAAAAGAUGGUUUAAUUCUCAAAGAUCAGAACUCUAAGUUUGGCACUCUAGCCUGAAUGAAAAAGCCUUGAUGCUUAUCGAAUUAUUCAUCAAUCCACCUCCAAGUUGGUAGGACUCUGUUGUCAGUGAGUUUGAAUUCGAAAAGAGAUUGGAGUCUGAAUGGCUGCCUCUGGCUCUCUCAAGACAAUACACCAAAGUUACCUGCUGAGAAGCUAGAUAAGUAUAUAUGAAACAAUAACAUUACUGAUGAGAUGCUCCCAAAAGAGUUCACAAGACAUCUAAAGAAAGAUGUUCAGCAGACUUCUUCUCCAAUGGUGAAAAAGACACCCUCCUCUAAGUGAAAACCAAAGGAAUUAGUUGAUGAUUUUGACUCCUCCUCUGCUUCUAAACAAUGAGAAUCGAUGCCUGACUUAUCUGUAGAGAUGGAGAAGUAUGAUUUCUUCUUCAGAACCAGGAAAAGUAUAUAGCUACCUCACCAUUCUGAUUAAUAGUACUUUCAAUAUUGAUG